AGCAAGACAAAGCUUUCCGCGGACGCGCACAAAACCCCCAAACCUCAGGCGCCCCACCCCCACCCACACGCAUCACACACCACCCAUCCAACCCAUCCCCAUCGCAACCCACGCGCCCCGGACCCGAGCAGGAGCAGCCAUGGCCAAAGGAGCAGCCGGAGGAGGCGCCGUGAAGACGGCCCUGGUCGUCACCGGCGGCCUCGUCCUCGCCUGGCUCACCGUCGAGUCCGCCUUCAAGCCCUUCCUCGACCGCCUCCGCGCCUCCGUCUCCCGCUCCACCGACCCCGCCCGCGACCCCGACGAGGACACCGCCGCCCCCGCCCCCGCCCCCGAGGAGGACAAGUCGCCUGCCGUCGCCGCCGCUGUCGCCUCCGCCGUCGCCGAGGAGAAGGAGCCCACCGUCGCCGCGGCCGACCCGUCCGCGCCCCCGCUCCCGGCCGAGGCGGUGGAGAGCGAGGAGAAGGGAGCGGCCAUGGAGGCCGAACUGGGAGAGAAGGGGGAGGCUGCCUCCAAGGCCGAGUGAAGACGGCGGUGCUCGUCUCGCCUCGUUCCGCUUCUGAAUAGUAUGCUGUGAACCUAAUCUGCGCGUUUGGAGGUUGUGAUGGAUGAUGCAAUGUUUUGAACUCUGUUAUCGGUAUCUGCAUCUUCAGGGCUCGUCUGAAGGUUAAGGCUUAUCCUGGAUUAGUUUCUGACAUUUACAUUCAGUUCGUGCUGUCAUGCUAUACGUCUGUGUGGAUGGUUUCAUUUCCCAUGGAAACUGCUUGCUUAUCCUGUGGAUAGGAAACUUAUUGUCACAUAGGUUGUUCUAGCUCUUGAAGCUGCAUGUGGUCCAGUCAUUUUAAUCAGUUUCCAGGCUAAUGGUGAUAUGCUGCAUCAUUCAGUUA